ACGCAGGGUGGCUAGGAGUUGAGUCGUGCAGAAGAGACAAAGGUCCUCACUUGGCUAAGCUAGACACGUACGAGUGCAGGAAACAAGAUAAGUCGCGGUUUGCGACGGCGAGAAGCGCCGGAUGAGUGUCCACUGUCCACAAGUCCAGAUUCCAAUUCCAGUCCGAUCGUGAGCUCAGCUCAGCUCCGCUAGUCCUCUCCCCGCACGCACCACCACCAGCAGCAGUCCAGCACCAUGGGCGGCGCCCUGCUCCUCACGCUGCUCCUCGCGGCCGUGCCCCUCUCCUUGGGCGGCGGCGGCGGCGCGCACCCGGGCUACUCCGACGACGACGAGAGCGCCUGCACGGUGGACGCGGGCGCGGAGCUGCUGCGGCGGAUGGAGGAGCGCGGGCCCGACAGGCGCAUCAUCGACAUCACGCACGCGGUCGUGCCGGACCUGCCGGCGUUCGCCACGGGGGCGGUCGCGGGGCCCAUGCUGCGCCUCAGGGAGUCCAUGGCGGACGGGUCCGAGUACAACCUGUCGGAGCUGCGGAUGGAGUGCCACACCGGCACGCACGUCGACGCGCCUGGCCACAUCAACCAGGCCCACUUCGCCGCCGGCCUCGACGUCGACACGCUCGACCUCCACGUCCUCAACGGACCUGCAUUGCUAGUUGAUGUGCCAAGAAACACAAAUAUAACAGCUGAAGCGAUGGAAUUCCUAAACAUCCCGAGAGGGGUUCGCCGAGUUCUGUUCAGAACACUGAACACUGACAGGAAGUUGAUGUGGAGGAAGGGAGGUGACAUGAGCUACGUUGGGUUUACAGAGGAUGGCGCGCAGUGGUUAGUCGACAACACCGACAUAAAGCUAGUUGGAGUUGACGGUCUGUCAGUGGCAUCAUUUGAUCACCUGAUCUCUGCCCACGUGGUCUUUUUCAAAACCCCGGAUAUAAUCCCUGUUGAGAGCCUGAAUCUGGACGACAUCGAGGCGGGGAUAUACAUGCUGCACUGUCUACCUCUCAGGCUGGUCGGAGCCGAGGGUGCACCGACCAGAUGCAUCCUCAUCAAGUGAUCGUUCCUCGGCCGGCCUGCUCUUGCUGCCUUGCUGGAGGUGGCGACACUGGACCAUGCCAGCUGAGCUGGUGCUCCGUCGUGGGUCGCGUGGCCAAUAUUUGGCUCGCAUGCAGUCGUCGAUCUAUAUGGAACAGAACACUGCAUGCCUAUGUAGAUACGCUUGUAUGGACAAUAAAGGAACCGCAGUACUUCUGUCGAUGAAAUACUUUUGGGUGAGCCGGUAAUCUAAAACACCAGGCCUACAGGUUAAGCUGGAGGCCCUGGAAGGCUGAGGCUAGCGGCUGGGGAUGGAUCCAGAUUUUUAUUCGAAUGCUAUUUUUUUGGUCAUAUUUCUUUGAUUGUAAACAAAUAACAUAUAUGAUUUUCUAUAUCUCUACUA